AUGACCAAAAUCCGUGCAUCUAAGUUGCGUGGAAAGCCUGAGUCUGAGCUCCAAAAGCAGUUGGGUGAGCUGAAGACGGAACUUGGAAACCUUCGUCUCUAUCGUGUAACGCGUGGUACAUCCUAUCAUGGGAAGCUGAAAAAGAUCCGGACUCUUCGCAAGUCGAUUGCACGCGUUUAUACUGUUAUGCAUCAGGCUCAAAAACUACGUCAAAGAGAAGCUUAUCGUUCUAAAAGAUACGUUCCUAAGGAUUUACGACCGAAGAAGACCAGAGCAAUUCGAAGAAGACUCACAAAAAAAGAGCAGUCUAUACAUUCAGCACGGUCAAUGCGCAAGGCAAGAGCAUUCCCACGUCGUGUCUUCGCGAUUAAAUGCUAA